UCAAAUCUUAUUUCAGAAUUACCUUUGGAGCUGACCAAGCCAUUGAAGAAUGUAAAGGUAACAGAGAAAGAGACUAUUACUUUACAAUGUGAAGUCAGUAAACCAGGCAAAAAAUCUCAAUGGUUCGUAGAUGAUGAAGAGAUCAAGCCUAGUGACAGAAUCAAAUUCCAAACUGAAGGAAAUGUCCACAAACUGGUCAUCUCUAAAUCUAUCUUGGAUGAUGAGGGUGUCUACAAAGUCAAAAUUGAUGAAGUAGAAUCUACUGCUGAAGUCUUAGUUGAUGAAUUGCCAAUUGAGAUAAUAAAACCUCUGAAAGAUGUUAAAAUACAAGAGAAGGAAACAGCAACAUUUAAAUGUGAAGUUUCUCGUACUGGAGCUACAGCAAAAUGGCUGAAAGAUGGAAAAGAGAUCACGGUUGGCGCUGAAUAUGAGAUGAAAGUUGAUGAAGUCACCUUUAUUCUGAUAAUUAAGAGUGUGACUAUGGAACAAAGUGGAUUAUAUACGAUUGAAAUUGAGGACAAAAAGAGUUCUGCUAAACUUAACAUAACAGGUACUAAUCUAUUCUUACUAACUAUGGCUCUACCAGUGCUUUUGGGAGUUGGGAUUAAUCUAAAUUAA